AUGGUACUGGACGCACUGUUCAAAAUUAAGAACGAACAAGACCCGACGCUUGCGUUCCGACGCUCGUGUCGCGAGGCUAUCUGCGGCUCGUGCGCGAUGAACAUUGACGGCGGGAACACCCUAGCGUGUGUCAGCCCCAUCAAGAAGAACAAUGACGUUGUUCGUAUCUACCCGCUACCACACAUGUUUGUUGUGCGGGAUCUGGGCGUUGGGGUGGAACAUCUGCAGUCUUUUGAAGACCGCAAGAAGCUGGACGGCUUGUACGAGUGUAUUCUAUGUGCCUGUUGCAGCACAGCGUGUCCGAGCUAUUGGUGGGCGCAGGACAAGUACUUGGGUCCAGCAGCGCUUCUGCAGGCAUUCCGCUGGAUUGAGGAUUCGCGCGACGACCGCACAGAAGAGCGGCUGCGAGCACUGGACGAUGCGUUUAAGCUUUACCGUUGCCACACCAUCAUGAGCUGCACGCACACGUGCCCAAAGGGGCUCAACCCAGCGCAAGCCAUCCGCAAGAUCAUGGGCCGGCUCAACGAGAUGCAUAGCCACAGCGAAUAG